AUGGCAUUUCUCGCACUUCCUAACGAACUUCUUCAGCACAUCGCACGCUUUCUACCAUGCUCCAGCCUGCUCCAGUUGAUCCGCGUUAAUCGUCAAAUACAUACUGCCUGCUAUGAUCAACUCGUGAUCAAAGAUAUCGCUCAGAAUGCCCUAUACAAUGCACCUCGUGCGGUCGAUCACUUGCUCGAUCUUUACAGACAGCCAGGUCGUGUUGACUUGACACUGAAGCAGCUUGGCUGGCCGGAGGGAGAGGCCCUGUUAGAGGAGUCAUCUCUGGAAGACAAGGUUCGAGUAGCUCAUGCCGUCGAACAAAUGAUCCGACUAUCGACAUUGGAACCGGUGGCAUGGCUAACCGCCACAACGUCUGGAAUUGCAGAAUGGCUCCCACAUCUCUUGGCUAUGCAUCAUCCUGCAGCCUGGUGUUUGGAGCCCGACGUGUUUUUACUGCCUCACGGGCAGCUUGGCCAAUCGAACACAAGUUCAACGUCAUCCUUGUUAAUGAAUCGCUGGUUGUCACGAACAGCAGAUCAAGCGCGCGACAGACUAGCUUCUACGAAACUUCAAGCGCUUCACUUCAUCAACUUCAGUUUUAUACUCAAUUACACUACGCUCCAGCGGUUGGGAUCUACCAAUACAUCCAGCGAUAUUCUCGCCCUGUUCAUCGGACACUUUGACCCUAAACGGAUCUAUGCUCAGUCCUUGAUAGGCACGCAAUCGUCAGUAGCAAUUGUGAUCCAGCGAUUGAGCGAACGCAUGCCGGGUUAUGGAACAUUCAUCAGAGAUUUCACUCUGACGCAGGCCUCUUCUGCGCUUCUCCUUCUGCUGGUAGCCAUUGCAUUCACACAUCAGAGUCGAGAUCAACGAUUUCUUCCUGUUCCAGCCAAGAUUCCAUUCUCGGAUUUCAUGGACAUACCGAGAAUAUACCGUCAAUCAGCAGAGCUGUUCACUACAUGCCAUUGUAAAUAUAUGACAACACCCGGGUUUCUAUCUGGGCGUUGGAUGGGCUAUUACUCCGACCAUCGAAGAAUAGACCGCAUGUUUUACAUAGAUACCCCGAUGCAAAACAUACACAUGCUAGUACACGAGCCGACCGAAGAGGCACGAACAAGGCUGAGAAUCAGCGCUGUCAUUGACCGGGACACCAAGGGAUAUGAUGCCCAUGGAGAUUUCCUACUUUCGGGUCGAGUGCGCAAGGAUGGGCUCGUCAGUAUCGCCAAACAAUACCUUGGGCUUGGAGUUUCGUGGACAUGGACAGGACGAGUCACACCGUUUGGAAUUGUUGGGGCAUGGGGAAACAAUUCGUUCGGAGGGUAUUUUUGGAUCUUCAAGGAGGAGUGGGCGUAG